CAGCAUAAGAAGGUGGCUGUUGCAUGUAAUCUUCCUGGCACCAAAGGUCGUCUGGAGCUCUGUGAAGUUCGCAGUUAGGGCUUCGUGUCACUACCUAGUUGUUAUUCCAGUUGUCAUAGUCUUUCUAAGGCUGUGACAGUCGUGCAUAUGUUCUGAAAGGCAGUUACUAUGAGUGCCAAUCUACUCCACUGUCAGCAGCAUUCCUUCGGAGCUCUGGGCCUUGGAACAAAUCCUGUAGACUUUCGCAGCUUCUGAUACUGAGAACAGCCCUGCCUUCUGGAAAGCAGAUGUUUGCUUGGUGGCUGCCUUGCAUCUCACCCUACAUUCUGCCAAAAAUACAGUCCCUUCCUAAUGCCAAGAAGCAGUGUUUCCUGUUGGUGUUUGAUUGUCUCCACAGUUGAUCAGAUACAAGACAAGGGACAUAGACCGUGAUCACCUUGAAAUGAUUCUGUUACUAAAAGAGGGUUUGCUGCUGUUUAGAGGACUCUUUUACCCCCUGUGCAUUAUGCAGUACUGUGGCAUGCUUUCUAACAACUGAGUAGAGAGGGACCAGGAGGAAUGAAAAAGUGGUAAAAUGGAAUCAAGUGAAAAAGACGCGAAGUAUUCUUGAAUCAUAAACCUAUUUAAGAAACUUGGAAGAGAAACUGACCCAGAGUAAGCUCAUCUUGAAAGAGGAGUUGAGAACCUUACUUCAUUUGUGUGAGUCCUGGGAUGAUGUGGAGCUGGCUAAAAAUGUCAUUUACAGGUACCAUGCAGAGAACAGGAAUAUCACUUUGGGGGAGUACAAGUUUGGACCACUUUUCAUGCGGUUGUGCUACGAGCUGGAUCUUGAGGAAUCUGCAGUGGAGCUCAUCAAAGACCAGCAUUUACGAGGUUUCUUCUCAGACUCCACAUCAUUCAAUAUUUUGAUGGAUAUGUUGUUUAUCAAAGGUAAAUAUAAAAGUGCAUUGGAAGUACUGAUUGAGAUGAAAAACCAAGAUGUGAAGUUCAACAAAGAUACUUACGUCCUUGCUUUUGCAAUUUGCUACAAACUGAAUAGCCCUGAAUCUUUUACAAUCUGUACCACGUUAAGAGAAGAAGCCCUCAUCAAGGGAGAAAUCCUCUCCAGGAGAGCAUCCUGUUUUGCAGUGGCAUUAGCUCUGAACCAGAACCAGCUGGCAAAAGCUAUAUCCAUUUUUUCUCAAAUCAUGAAGCCAGAAAGCAUAAUCUGCACUAAUUUAAAUAUUAUGAUCCAUAUCCAGUCAAACAUGUUGAAAACCCUCAUAGAUAUACUAAAGGAUGCUACAGAGGGAAAUCUAUCAAGAUUUGUGAAAAAACAUGUGUUCUCAGAAGAAGUGCUGGUCAAAGUGAGGGAAAAAGUGAAGGAUGUGCCCACUCUUCUGGCCACAUUUGAUGAGCUGUAUGGGAAACUGCACAUAAAUGGCCAGGUCACCACUUACACUUUGGAUGCUCUGCUCUGCCACACCCCCAGUGACAGGAAAUCCCACACGGUGCUAUUAAACAAGAGGACAGUCAGCCGUCGGACCUUCCAGCCACUCAGCCAGUCCCUGUGGGCUGAGUAACCCUGAGUUCAAACCAUCCGUGGGUCUGAGUUGGAGGGGGCCUGCUUCUAGGGAAUUAUUGGCUUCCUAAGAAAUCGGGCAUCGUACUCCAGUGUACAGUAUACUAACACUUCGUCUCCUUAAAUUUCCAAGAUCAUUGAGCGCUGGCGUGCUGCCUUGAGACGUUCAUAUGUUGUGCCACCAGGAAGAUCUAGAUACAGGCAAGCAGAAAGCUCAGGCUCCCGCGGGAAGGAGGCUUCCCCUUGUAAAGGGCUGAGGAUCCUUGAAGGAACAUGGUCACGGUCUCCAGGGGAACCCAAUAAGCACUAACAGGAAGGAAUUUCCCUAUAAGUGGCCACCUCCAGCUAAUUUUCAGGGGAAUCGUGGUCUGAAACCCUACUCUACCAUGCUGGGAAAUAGCCCCGGAUUUUCUCACUGCUUUUGUCAUCAUUUACCUGUGACCCUAGACAAGAUACUUGAGCGCUCAGUUUUUCAUCUGUAAAAUAAUAGUGCCUAUGUGAAUCUCCAUAUUGAUAUGAAAUUUUCAUUCAAUGUUCAGUAGGGUCAAGUUUUCUCAAAAAUAAGAGAAAUUAAAAGGUUCCUGAGAAAACUUGUUGUUUUCUCAGCAGAACAAACAACCAGAAUUUAACUCUCAGAACUGAUAAUAAGCCAAAAUUUAAAUGGUUACCACUUUGGUCAUGGGCAAUCCACGUGCUUUUCAAAAUAAAUGCCAAUAAAAACCACAUAACACUC